AUGAUAGUCUAUAAUUGCCAACAGCUGAUUGUUGCUGAUCAGCUGUUGCUGCCGUUGGAAGCAGCGCUGAAGGUCCGUCCCCGUGAGCUGCUCUCUCUGCCUGUGGACCAACAGUCCUCAUCAGGGUCCAUCAGUGGACCAACAGUCCUCAUCAGGGUCCAUCAGUGGACCAGCAGUCCUCAUCAGGGUCCAUCAGUGGACCAACAGUCCUCAUCAGGGUCCAUCAGUGGACCAGCAGUCCUCAUCAGGGUCCAUCAGUGGACCAGCAGUCCUCAUCAGGGUCCAUCAGUGGACCAGCAGUCCUCAUCAGGGUCCAUCGGUGGACCAUCAGUCCUCAUCAGGGUCCAUCAGUGGACCAACAGUCCUCAUCAGGGUCCAUCAGUGGACCAGCAGUCCUCAUCAGGGUCCAUCGGUGGACCAUCAGUCCUCAUCAGGGUCCAUCAGUGGACCAACAGUCCUCAUCAGGGUCCAUCAGUGGACCAACAGUCCUCAUCAGGGUCCAUCAGUGGACCAUCAGUCCUCAUCAGGGUCCAUCAGUGGACCAACAGUCCUCAUCAGGGUCCAUCAGUGGACCAGCAGUCCUCAUCAGGGUCCAUCGGUGGACCAGCAGUCCUCAUCAGGGUCCAUCAGUGGACCAUCAGUCCUCAUCAGGGUCCAUCAGUGGACCAACAGUCCUCAUCAGGGUCCAUCAGUGGACCAUCAGUCCUCAUCAGGGUCCAUCAGUGGACCAUCAGUCCUCAUCAGGGUCCAUCAGUGGACCAACAGUCCUCAUCAGGGUCCAUCAGCGGACUCUCUGGAGGUCUGCAGGAAGUCCUCUUGGGUAGUCCUGUGGACUGGUUGAAUUGGGGAUUUGGAGCCCUCAGCACUCCCAGACUUCCAGGGAACGCGUUUGCAAAGUCUGUGAAUCUGCAAGUGUGGACGUUUGGAUUCAGCCAGGUCUCCAGGAAGCACGUCCGGCUUUGA